AUGACCGUAGUAUGCACAAUUGAAGAUUGUCCUUGGAAAAUCACUGCGCGUGCAAUAGGGGAUUCAAACAUUGUUCAAGUACACACAUUCCGAAAUGUGCAUAACCAUUGCUUGGAAGAUGUUGCCUUGUCUCAGCCUUUAGUGAGAUCCACUCAUGCAUCGUUGCUCAUUGAUGAUGUCAUUCGAUCUACUCCUGAAUACCAACCACGCCAAAUUUGUAAGGACUUUGUAAGGCAACAUGACAUCCAGUUAACUUACCUACAAACAUGGCAAAUUAAAGAGAAGGCUAAGGAGCGCAUUUAUGGGCAACCCAAGAAUUAUUACAAAUUGUUGCCAUGGAUGUGUGAAAGAAUGCUUGCAACAAAUCCGGGAUUGAGUGUUGAGUUGAGUUAUUCCGAUGACGACCAUUUUGAGAAGCUUUUUGUUGCUCAUUCAAUAUCUAUCGAAGGGUUUGUAAGGGGGUGUCGACCAAUCAUUGCAAUUGAUUCGACCCAUAUGAGUGGGCCUUAUGGCGGUGCUCUAUUUUCAGCCACCGCCUACGAUGCUAAUGACUCCAUGUUCUCCUUAGCCUUUGGAGUGAUGAGCUCGGAAAAUUAUGAAGAUUGGUUAUGGUUCUUGGAAAAACUAAAGAUAGUUGUGGGAAACAAGGAAGUUAUUAUUAUCUCAGAUAGACAUCCUACUUUGCUUCGUAGUGUCCCUAAGGUGUUUGGCAUUGAAAACCAUGCUUGUUGCUACCGUCACCUGAAGGAGAAUUUUAGUAGUUUCUUGUCCAAGCAUAACACACGAGGGAACAAGGGUAAAGAAGAUGCAUUGCAAUUCCUAGAUAGCAUUGUGUAUGGAAGGUUAGAAUAUGAUUAUAACGUUUCCAUGUUUGAACUAAAAAAAUACAACGAGGCUUUAGCCAUAUGGGUUGAAGAAAAUGCACCGCACCAUUGGGCCAUGUCAAAAUUCCCAAAACAAAGAUGGGAUAAAAUGACUACAAACCUUGUCGAGUCAUUUAAUGCUUGGUUACGGAUUGAAAGACAUCACUCUAUUUGUAACUUUUUAUUGGAGCACAUGUCCAAGUUAGCUUCUAUGCUUGUAAAGCAUCAAGAAGAGUCCAAGAAUUGGAAAGGGUGUAUAGGGCCAAAAAUUGAAGCUAAGGUGCAGGAAAAUAUUACAAAGGGUGCGGUGUAUCCAGUCACACCGUUCAAGAAUGGAGUAUUUGGGAUGUUCAUCCCAGUUUGCGAGAAUAAUCUCUGGCACGUGCAUGUUGUUAAUUUUGCAGCUGGAAGAGUUGAGAUACUUUCGUCAUUGCCCUUAAGGCGGGGCAACAACAUCAGUGCUGCAAUGCGACGAUUAUCAAUGACACUCCACAAAGCACUGCAUGCAUAUAGAAUCCAUAUGGAUGCGGAUGUCUCAAGUUUUGUGCAUGUCCAACCACACCUUCUCCAACAGUUGAAUGGGUCCGAUUGUGGUGUCCUCAUUCUAAAGUUCAUGGAAUUUUGGAAUGGGGCGACCUUAACUACUUCAGUGGCAGAGGACAAGACGAACAUGUACAGACUCCAGCUAGUGCUGCAACUAGUGCUCAAUGAACGCAACAGUGUCAGAGAUACAAUUAUGGUUGCAUGUCAUUUGUGACUUUAUAGUUUAUGAUAAGUUUCUUCCUAUCUGCUGUUACGUACCAAAAUGACAAAGGGUUGAUUGUAGUUUGUCUAAAAUUUAUUAAUUCAUAUCAUGUUGUGUGCUGAUGUGAUUUGUUCCAAUUGUAAAACCAUUAUUUAUGUUCUAUAUGUGAUGUAUCUGAUGAAGUAUUCCACAUCCCAUUGUAAUAGUGGGAGUUGGGUUAUGCUGAAUAUGAGGACUUUAUGUACAAGAAUGGCCAACGUGUAAGGGAAAGGAAGAGUACCUGGUAAUGCUGCUAUUGGAGCAUAUGGGACGCAGUAACAGCAGUGUAAUAGGGCUGUUCAUUUUUCCUUCAAUAUUGUAAAGGAAGGGAGUAGGAACAUGGACAACACUCAGUAUUUGUUCUUUUAUUAUAGUUAAGGGUACUGGUCAGUGUUGUAUUGGCGAUUGAUUGGACAACAACUGUGAUUGUAAGAUGUGAUCCAAAGUGAUAGGUUUAUUAUGGGGUAUGAUACUAAUUUCAUAAGAGAACAACAAACAUAGACUAGAACCUAUUUGUUUGUACACUGAUGCAGUUUCAGUUUAUCCUUCUAU